UUGACUCACAAAAGCGGAAGUGACAAAACACCCAACCUCCUGCACUCCUCCACGUGUGAGCGCAGAGCACAUUGGCAGGUCCACAGCUCCGCGAUGAAACGACCAAAGUUAAAGAAAGCGAGUAAGCGGGUCUCAUGCUCCAAACGUUACAAAAUACAGAAAAAGGUCCGGGAGCACAACAGAAAGCUCAAAAAAGAGGCAAAGAAGAAAGGAGUGAGCAAACGAGUGAAGAAGGACCCCGGUGUCCCCAGCAGUGCUCCCUUCAAAGAGGAGGUCCUCAGAGAGGCAGAGCAGAGGAGGCUACAGAUUGAAGAAGAAAAAGAGAAAAAAAGACAAGCUAAAAAAGAGGAGCGAGCCCAGAAGAGAAAAAAGGAGAAAGACACUGCGAGUAAAGAAACAGAACCCAAGGCCAAGAAGGCUCGGCAGGAUGAGGUUCAGAAGCAUUCAGAGAAACAGACGACCACAGACAAAAGCUCCAGGCAAUAUCUUUGCUCUGAGUUAAACAAGGUAAUCGAUGCGUCAGAUGUAGUGAUAGAAGUCCUGGAUGCUCGCGAUCCGAUGGGCUGCAGGUGUCCACAGCUGGAGGAGGCGGUGCUGCAGAGGGAAGGCAACAAGAAACUGCUUUUGGUUUUAAACAAAAUAGAUUUGGUCCCAAAAGAAAAUGUGGAGAGGUGGAUACAGUGUUUACAACUUGAGUUUCCAGUUGUGCCGUUCAAAGCGUCAACACAGAUCAAGGACAAAACAGUGCAAGCCAAGAAGAGCAGAAUAGUGGCGUCCAAUGAAGUGUUGGACAAAUCCAGAGGCGCAGCCUGCUUUGGAAACAGCUGUCUUACUGAGCUUCUGACAAGUUUAGCUGCUAACAGAGAACAGAAUGAAGCUUCACUCAGAGUGGGCGUAGUUGGUUUUCCUAAUGUGGGCAAGAGCAGUCUCAUAAACAGUAUGAAGGGGAUCCUUGCGUGCAACGCCGGUGUGAAGAGAGGCAUCACAAAAUCCAUGCAGGAGGUGCACAUCUUGAAGAACGUGAAGCUAAUAGACAGUCCAGGAGUCAUUGCGUCACCGUCCAACCCACCAGCCUCUUUGGCUCUGAGGAGCCUGCAGGUGGAGGAGGGCCGGGAGAGUGUGCUGGAGGCUGUCAGGACCCUGCUCAAACAGUGCGACAAGACCCAGAUCAUGCUUCAGUAUAAUGUCCCUGACUUCAGUAACUCUCUGGAGUUUUUAACCUUGUUCGCCAAAAAGCGUGGAUAUCUGCAGAAGGGUGGAAUCCCUAACACCGAACAGGCAGCUGCAGCGUUCCUUGCCGAUUGGACAGGAGCCAAGCUGAGCUACCACUGUAAAGCACAGGAGAACCACAGCCUCCCUGCGUACAUGUCUGAUACUGUGGUCGCAGAGAUGCAGAACGGGUGGGAUCUAAACCAACUGAUAAGAGGCAAUGAGGAAACCCUGAACGGUGUCAAAUUUCCAAACCAGGCCAGCAGUAUAACCUUUAUCUCUAAAGGUCCGACUGCAGGCCUGCUGAGCGUUAGCGACAUCUCUGAAGAAAAACCUGGUGCUGCAGCCACAGAGACGGAAGCAGAGCACAACGACGAGAAUAAUGAGCCUGAACAAACUGCUGAGGACACAAAUGAAACAGGAGAACUGGAGAAACCACAGAGGGCAGCACUCAAAAAAAAACCAGGCCAUGUGCAGUUCCAGUCUGUCCCCAUUGACAUCAGCCUCUCUGCAGGUGACGCCUAUGACUUCAACACAGAUUUUAAAUGAGCUUUGCCUUCAGUUUCUGAUCCGGUGCCUGUGCUCACGUGGACAUGCGGGAUUGUUGAUUCAGAAUCACAGUUUGAACGGCACUGCUCACCAGUUAACUGGUUUCAGACUAGUUGUUGGUGUUCUUGCUGUUACUUCAAACUUUGAAUUUAGAAGACCGUGGGGCAGUUUCCAGACAAAGGACUAAGCUUUAUCCUAGACUACAUUUUUCAGUUGAUGACUCAAUUGAAUUGUGUAUGUAGGAUGAAUCCCUGCCCGGGAAAUGGACUUUAUUAAGUGGUUAUGUGUGUAUAUAUAUCCACUGACUUCUCCUCCAGAUGUUGCCAGUGAAAGAUCCCCUCUUUUAAGUGUCUAGAGGUCAUUUGUAAUAUUGUGUGUUUAUGCAAAAUGCUGUAUAUAGACAAUUCACUAUAAAUGUAAUAAACCCUCUACAGCCUAAA